GGCCGCGUGACCACCCUAGUUCAUGUGGUAUCGCCAACGCGGGGAUGUGCGCUUGUUUUUCUUCUUUGCUGGCCACUGAGCCUCAUGAUAACUAAUGCAACCUUCCAGUGAUCCUAUUAUAGGUCCUAUUAAGCAUGGGAGAGGAAGCUCCUGUUUCAUUCGCUGUACUGGAACUACAUUAGGAGCCAGACUGUCUACAAUGAAGGGAACAUAGAGGCAGAUAUUACCGUUGCUCAGGUGAUCCGCGCAUCAUACUUUACGCAAUCUUUCCAUGGAGGAGGACUAUGAUGUGGACAUGGAUGAAGUGUUCAUGGGAAGGGCCGGAACAGGCCACUGGUGGAUGGGUUUUGGGAAGGAGAACGCAGAGCCCGAAAGAGGUUUCAUGGUGAACAGUCGCAGCUGGGCUGAAGAGCUACAAGACUGUUACAACGGAGAACAACGUAGACUUUCCAGCAUCUUGGCCCAGAGAAAUGAGAGGGAGUCUAUCAGGCAGAAACUUGCUCUGGGCAGUUUCUAUGACGACGAGCCAGUCAUCUUCACCAGCUGCAGCAAGAACGACUCGUCCUCCCGAUUCCACAGUGGAGUCAAUCUGCAGGUGUGCUUUGUCAAUGACAGCAGCAGUGAUAAAGACAGCGAUGCCGAGGACAGCAGGACGGAAACCAGUUUGGAUACACCCUUGUCACCUGUGAGCAAACAGAGCUCAUCGUUAUCAGAUCGAGAUACGGCAGAGGAGGACUCGGAUCCACUGGAUGACUGCGGCGGGUUCUGGCGGGUGCAACGAAGGCUCCAGGAGGAGGCCCGAGUAGCCCUGGCUCUGGCCAGACCCAUGGCCCGUAUGCAGGUGGAGGUGGAGAGGCAGAUCCAACAGCACAGACGCUCACCUGUGGCAGAUCUGCUUCCUCACCUGCCUCACAUCAGUGAAGGGUUGAUGAAGAGGAAUCUGAGACGAGGGGACAUGAGGGAAAUGAGUCUUGGCCAGCUCCAAGUGAUCACGAAUGACUUGCACUCGCAGAUCCAGAGUUUAAAUGAAGAGCUGGUGCAGCUGCUGCUGCUUAGGGACGAGCAGCAUGUGGAGCAGGAUGCCAUGCUGGUGGACAUCGAGGACCUAACUAGACACGCUCACAGCCAUCAGCGGCACCAGGCUGAAAAAGCCAACAAUAAAUAAAUUCCCAAGUGUCCAUCUGCACGCCAUCCAAUGUAGUACUCACUCCAUGGAUUGUCACUUGUGUUGCCAAGGAAAGUCUAUCUGUGCUGUCUCUGGAGAAAUGAUGCCAUACAGUGUUUAAACAUGCACAGAAAGUCUCACACCACUGGAUUCAGUUGACAGGAUUUUCACUUUCCACCCUGCUGGAUUAAAGAUGGCAUAUUUCAGAGUGUUAAGGGAAUCUUCUUGACAUAAUUCCAUCCCGAAAUUAAAUUUGUCACCUAAUGUUUUUCUUUUUCAUGCAAAGUACGUUUUUUUUUUUUUAGAGGGAUACAGGGAGGAAGAGCACUUUGCUCAUGUUGUCAAAGAAAGUGAGUGCUCGACUGCUCAUUGUAAAGCAACGCUUCAAUGCUCCAGCACUAAUAAAAUCCUGAAGACAUGCGACUGGAUGUACAAAAAUUGCUGCUAUAGUGCACACAUUCAUUGUACUUUUUGAGCUUUAUCUUUGCACAUUUACAUUUCAUCUCCACAAAACAAAAAAGAUAUUAUGAAUGGCAUUUUCAGAGGAAUCAAAACGUGUUUUUAUGUGAGGUUCAAUUUACUGAUUAAUAUAACAAUCUCAGACUAAACAAAUAUCUAUUUUAAGUGAUAGAAAGGUUUAUUGAUGGAAAGGAUGUCUAUCAAAGCGGAAUUUAUUGGUCAUUAACUUUUAGCAUAAAGUCUACUUGGUUUUUUAUUGUAUUCUUUGUGGAUAAAUGUCCUGUAUAACGACUGUAAAGAAUGAAAUAAUAAACAUUUUAAAUGUGUGGAAUGACUUCAUUACUCAUCUAGAUAUACCAUACCGGCGCCUUCAUGAGAGUUAUUUAACUUCAUUGCAAGUUUCAAAGCAGCCUUUAUGUAUUUUUUGACUGCUUUGGUCAUUUUAAUUGAAAACACAUUUUACUGGUUAACAAAUAAUCUAUUUUUGACUAAAUUAAAUUCAAGGAAACAAUUUAAACAUUACUUGUAUUGUAGGUAACACACCUUAGAUAAAAUGAAAAAAAAAAAAAAAAAAAAAAGGCUAAAUGCAGUUUAUUGUUGUAAAGUGGUUGUGAAAUUACCUCAUGUAAACACGUACUUCCUGCUAAACCCCUUAAAGUGCAGCAUUUAAGAUAAUCAGGUUGACAAAUGUCCCUAAUCUUGUUUUUACUUCAUCCCCAAUUACAUUUUUAACAAAAUCGGAGGGCUUCGUUUUCUUUAAUGUAAUUUUUGUCCAGACAAACGACCACUCAGUCAAACGAUCUAAAUUUAAAAAGCAGACCCUACUUGCAUUGAAAUUGGUCUCGUCAUUAAAUUGUCACCUCAUCAAACUUUUCUGAGGCCUCAUUUAUUCUACUGAAAUUUACGUACAUCAUUAUUUUAUUUGUUUGAUGUUCUUCUAAGCUGAAUACUGAACUAAUACUAAUCAUAUCAAAAUUCAUUAUAUGAUAUAUUUUUUUAACUCAUUAUGAAUUUGUAAUUCAUUUGAUCUAUAAUAGCAGGGCCGGCCCAGGCCAUUUGGGGGCCCUAAGCAAAAUAAUGCCAAGGGGCCCAUAUUUUUGGCCCACCAUUUCGUCACAGUGUACUGUGAAACCCAUACAUGCAAUCCAACCCAUACGUCCAUAUUUUGUAUAUUAAUCAUAUUUUGUUGCACUGAAUACUUCAAACUUCUCACCCCAAAUUACAUUUAAUGACAAGAAAAUGGAUGUUUGCAUGGAUAAACGGCAAUGCGCGCCGCAUUAUUCGCGAUGCUCUAUUAACAACGUAUAAAAUGAGGUUGCCAGAUUGGUGGCCUCCUGGUGGUCAGGGGCCCUAAGCAACUGCAUAGUCUGUGUAUAGACCCCAUUCACCAACGUCACACAAUGACACGUCGCUGUAUCCGGCCGCCAUAUUGUCCGUCAUUGUUUAUCCGUAUUCUCAAUGGUUUCAAUUUGUCGUGCAAUUUAUAGUGCAAUUCAUGGAAGCCCCGGUGCUUUCAGACGCUGUAAACUCAUUGGAUGCGUUGCAUAAAAGGCGUUAUGUGGAAAAGCUUCAGUCUAUCCAUUCGCCAGGUCCAUAUUUGAUGCCUAAAUCGAUAUUUUUCGACCCGCUGUCUUCGCUGUCUCUGCCUGACAUCUGCUACCCUGAUAUUUACAACUAUCUUGUCCACAGAAACUCAGCCUAUUCUCACGAAACUUUGAAGAACUUUAAGAGCAGCACUCUAAGCAACAUUACCACGUGUGACCCUUUACUUCCAAUUUUCUAAAAUGGCGACAAUCAAAAACAAAAAAAAAGUUGACUGCGAUGGCCGACGCUUCAAGGAUAGGUGGAUAUUGGACUAUUUCUUCAAUAAAAUACGCUACAACUGUGUCUGCCUCAUUUGCAAAGAGACAGUCGCUGUUUUCAAAGAGUUCGAUGUGAUGCGAUAUUACCAAACAAGACAUGCUGACAUGUACAACAUUACAGGGAAGAUACGCAGCGAGAAAUUAUAGCAACUUGAAGCUAGUUUAAUUUCACAGCAGCAGUAUUUCGCAAGAGCCCGAGUGUCAAAAGAGAACGCCACAAAGGCGAGAUUAUUGAAAUUAUGAAUUAAAAAAAUAAUAAAGCAAAUGUGACACACAGAAGGGCUUGCUAAAAUUUGUUUAAAUAUAUUGUUCUACGUAAAUCAGCCAAGGUAGCCCCCCACAUUUUUACCACACCAAAUCUGGCCCCCUUUGCAAAAAGUUUGGACACCCCUGUUUAACUAAUGAUCCGGAGACGAGGCCAGCUUCUUUCACUUGGUACCAGCUAAAUAUUAUUCAAAAAAUAAUGAUGGCGGAAGAAAUAAACAUCUUGAAUUUGAAACGGUAUGUUGUCGGCGAUUAGCCUCGCAAUGAUCUUAAUUGUGGUUGUCAGCCCAAAACCCUCCAAAUAUAUAUUAAAUGCAUCUUACCAGGUAUGAAAUGACUACUACAUAGUCUGUGGUGAUCGUUUGGUGCCCAGUUUUCUCGUCGAAUUGCAGCAGUCCAUCUCGCUCUCCUCUCCGGGUCUCUCGGAAUACGGUAGAACUUCAAGUCUCUCCGUCUAUCUUCUCUGUUACUGCAACCAACCGCCACACACGCCUUCACCAUUUUGAUUAUUAAUGUUAACGAGCAGAAAAACACGCCAUAAUAGGAGGAAUUUACAUAGCGGUAAUGCGUAAAUACGACGAGCUGACGGACAAUAUGGCGCGGAGGCGUGGUUGUGAUGUCAUGUGAGUGGGGUCUAUAGGCUGGGCCGGCCUUGUAUAAUAGUUUUGUAAAUAUUACAUAUUGACAGUAUAUUUUUGUGUGUACUGCAAGGGCGUAGGUUUGCAUAGGGACGGUAGGAACAUAACACUACCAACUUUUCAGAAUGCUCAAAUGGUCCCCACAAACUUUUAAGCAACCUUUUUUGCAUUAUAUAAUGACUUCAAUUAUAUGGGUAAUUUUAGAUUGUCUUCCCAUGUUGUAGGGAUAGAAUUAACCCUACCAUAAUUACGUGAAUUACAGUACUUUCGAUAUGUUCAGACUUACAUUGACCCCUUUUCGACUUGCUAAAUGGGCCAGUACAUUUUUCCCCCUCAAACGCAAAUUUGAUUGUCUGAUGACUGACGAAAGUUAAGAGAUGAAGUUUGUAUUUCUCACGUAUGAUUGUUAAUAUAAUUUGUGUUUGGAUAUUGCAAUUUAAAUUUGCUUUUAAAAUCCAGACACUUAUUCUGGAAGUUUUCAUAAUGUUUCUUUAGUAGUUUUUGAAAACAAAGGUUUGAAUCGAACGGUGUACCACCCAAUCCAAUACAUAUACACAGCAAAAACAAAAAAAACCAAAAAAAAAAAAAAACCAAAAAAACCCUUGUUUUUAGUGUAAAUCUACUAGAAAUAAGUGAAAUUAUCUGCCACUGCUUCAAGAAAUUUUACAAUUUUACUCAGAUUUUUUGAAAUAAAGAAAUAAAAUAACUGACUGAAAAUAAGCUUAAAAGACAUAUUUUAAGCAAAAAGUUUGUAUAUCCAGUAUAAUAUCUAAAAAAAAAAAAAAACUUGUUUGUCAGAAUUGUUAAUUCAAGAAUAGAUAUUGUUGAAAACAUUUGAAAGCAUUUUUUCUUCGUUUAGGUGAAAAAUUACCAACUUUUAGAUGUAUGGCAGGG